AUGAGACUAUCCAAUCCCAGCAACAAUAAGCAGACCUCAAAGUCUACUGCUUGGAAGAUGAGCCUCAUCGGUGGUGCAUGCGCCUGCCUCGCCGUCUUUCUUAUUAAUCUUGGUGUCACUAUCUGGUCAGCCAUGUUCCUCGAAGGCAGCCAGAAUGGUAUCAAAACCGGACGAAGAAUCAUCUACAAGGGUUCAUGUUCAACAUCGCGUACCCUCAGUGUCGUGAUUCAUCUUAUCAUCAACAUAUUUGGAUCAAUACUUCUCGGGGCAAGCAACUAUGGUAUGCAAUGCCUAUCUGCGCCAACGAGGGCAGAUGUCAACAAAGCGCACGCAAAACAAGGGUGGUUAGAUAUUGGCAUCCUCAGCUUUCGCAACUUACGAAGAGUUUCUCGCAAGAAAGCUGUACUCUGGUGGCUGUUCAACUCGGUAGUGUUUUCAUCCUUGACAACACAUGAAUACGAAGUUUAUACGAUCAACGGUAAAUUUGAAUUACUAGAAAAUGAAGUUGGAUAUCAUCUCAGGAUCGAUGAUUCACGCAGUCAGCUGAGAAUAGAGCGCGCGAAAGCCGGGCAACUCGAUAAUCUUACUGCCUUGGAGUGUAUCAACGAAUACGCGAUAUCCUUUCAAACAAAACGGACCGACGUGUUACUUGUCGUCGAUCCAUCGUCUGGAUCAGACUGGGUUAGGACCCGCGAUGUGGACUCCACCCACUCGCUCAACGUCCGGUGGGUAGUAGAUGCCUAUCAAGGGUUCGAAUGGAUUUGUCCAUCAGCCCAGCCAUGCCGCGGACUUUUGCCAGGAGUCAAAAGCCAAUCAGAUAAUUGGAGACCGUACGGCAAUCGCGUCAAAUAUUGUUUCAGCCAGUCAGUACCGCAAACAUGCCGGUUGAACUUUGACAUCCACAUUGCGGGGAUUAUCCUCGGGGUCAAUGCCAUCAAGGCAGCUAUACUAGCCUACUUGAGGGGUUGGACUCAGCCUUUCGUUAUACAUGAGAAGCGCAGACACUGGGCAGUUGCUGUGAGUAAGGGACGAUGGACGGCCAGCUUUGUGAUAUACUCUGUCGCGCUCGGCGUGUCUAUUUUCUUCCUUACCUGGGGUAUUUUUGCCAUAUCAGGUCCCCAUGACUUGACUACUCUAUGGAACCUAGGCUUCGGAGCCGCGGUCCAGGAUACGUUGAUAAGUGGCCUUGGUUGGGAGACUUGGGGCGACGAAGCUCUUAUUUGGAAUAUUAUCCUUUGUAACCUUCCUCAGCUAAUCUUCUCGCUGCUCUACUUUCAGUACAAUGGCCUUUUCACCUGCAUGGCGGCUGCAAAAGAAUGGAGUGACUUUGGGCAUAAAAGAAAUUCGUUACGCGUUUCAUCAAAUCCAAGAGGUGAACAGCGCUCUCGAUACUUUUUACAGCUCCCCUACCGCUUCAGUAUCCCACUAUUAGUGGCAUCGAUAUUAAUGCACUGGAUGCUGUCGCAAAGUAUCUUCCUCGUCGCUGUUGAGAAAACCGAUUUUUACCGUCCCGGAUCUUUGGAUUGGGCAAUCUUAACCUGUGGAUACUCGCCUAUUGCCAUUAUAUUCGUUAUCGUCACGUCGAUACUGAUGGCUACGGUGGUGGUAAUCACAGCGUGCCGUCGCUUGCCAACACCUAUUCCCGUGGCUGGAAGCUGUAGUGUGGCUAUUGCAGCUGCUUGCCACCAUCCAGACGGCAUCCCACAGCCGGAGGCAUCGUUGUUUCCUCUACAGUGGGGUGUAAUAUGGCGUCAAGGAGACGGAUCAUAUCAGGAACUUACAAAUCAUUGUGGCUUUUCUCCUCAUCCAGUGGAGCGGCCGCAGGAGGGAGUUAUAUAUCACUAA